AUACAUUAAAAAUUAUAUAUUACGUAUACUAUUUAUAUGAACAACAUUUGUUCUAGGAUUGGUCAGUAAAAUUUUUAAAUUGUAAAGAGAGCUAUUCCAUCGCAGAAUUUAACUACAAGAAAGGAAGUGUUCACUCCAAAUAUAUUUAAAAAAAGGAAAAGUAAUAAAAUUGUUAACAGAUCUCUUAUAGAAUCCAUACAAAUGGAAUGAAAAAAGAAAACUGAAGGGACUCUUUCAAAAGUACAAUCAAUGCAGAGUUUGGAAAAUACAAAGCAAGAUGAGCCAAUAAAUAAAAAUAAGCAAGGCAGCGUAGUAGAGGAAUUUGAUUUAAUAAAAAAUUUAAUUAAUAAGUGUGAUAGUUGUAAUUGACAGAAUGAUAGUAUAAUUAAUACCGCUGAAGACAGUUAUAAAGUUACUGAAAAUGAAAAAUCAAACAUUGAUGCAGUAAUUGCAUGUGAAAGUGUUUUAGUAUUGAUGAAAAUGAAUAAAUGGAACUCUCUACGCCGAGAAAUCAUCAGCAUUAGAAGAAAUUAGCUUACAAAAUGCAAAUGUUGCGCAACAAAAAAUUUUAUCUGAAAUUGAACCUAAACUUUGUACUAAUUUAUUAAAAAAUAAUUCAAUGAAGUUAAUGCUUUUAAUAAAAAAUGAUGAUCAGUUAAUAACAUUUACUGGAAUAAAUCAUAGUCUAUUGAGCAGCUUAACAGAAGCAGUGAUACUAUGUGAGAAAAAACACUACACAAACAAGUUUUCUAAUUCAGUACAGGAUAGAAUAGUAUUGUGCUUAUGCAAACUUCAAUUAAAUUUGCCUUUUUCUUGUUUAGCAGUGCUGUUUGGUUUAAAUAGAAAAAGCUGCUCAAAAAAUGUUUAUUACAUGAUUCAAUUAUUGUCUACCAUUUUAAAGAAAGUUAUAUACCGGCCUUCAAAAGAAGAAAUUAUGAAAAGUAUGCCAAAAUGUUUUGAAAAUUUCAAACAAACUCUUAUUGUAUUAGAUUGUACAGAAAUAUCAGUAGAGAAACCUACUUCCUUGAAAUGUUGGUUAAAAUUAUAUUCACACUACAAAGGAUGUGAAACUGUGAAAUUAUUAAUAGGCGUAGCACCUUCUGGGCUAAUUACUUUUCUAAGUGAAGCUUAUGGUGGUCGAGCAUCCGAUAAAACAAUUUUUAAUCAAAGCAAAAUAAUUGAUAAAAUGGAUGCGACAAGAGAUGCAAUCAUGGUGGAUAAAGGUUUUAACAUUAAAAUGGAAUGUCUAGAAAAUAAUGUGCAAUUAAUAAUUCCACCAAAACUUGGGCAAAACACUCAAUUAAAUACAGAUAAAGUAGCACAUACUAAUAAAAUUGCAGCAGCUCGUGUACACGUUGAACGAGCUAUUCAAAGAUUUAAAAUGUUCAAGAUAGUCAAAUGUAAAAUUUCAUGGACAUUGAUUCCUUACAUAGAUGAUAUUUGUACUAUUAUUGCUGGACUUACAAAUUUGAAAAAUCCAAUUCUUGCUGACGACAAAUUUUAAUGUAUUCAAUAAACAACGUAU